CACGUCAACCAAGGCUUCGCUCAGUGGUCAACGGGCAGUGAUCUAAGCAGGAGGAAGCGCCCGUGUGACACCUCCACCCUCAUGACCAAUAACAAAACAAUAGGCCAUGUGUACCAGUGACCCAUGAGCCGUGACCCGUGACCCCGUGGUGCCGUGACGGUGUGGCUGAUGCGUGGAGGGACAGGCAGAGGUAGACGAGGUGGUGGUCGUGGUGUGGUAACUCUGCCCGUUCUCAGUGCGGUGUUUGGCCAAAUGUCACAUCUUCCCCGCUAAACAUGUGAGCCGAGAAGCGGUGCGUGUGUGCGUGUGUGUGUGUGUGCGUGUGUUUUUUCCCUUUUCCUCUAUUAUUGAAGGAAAGAAGAGCAGAGAAGGAACACUGGAUAAUAAGAAAGCGUUCAUACAGAGAGGGUGAGGUAAGAAGGAAAGGAGGAAAAGCCGGUUUCUGCAGUGACUUAGAAACAGAGAACAUUUAGAAGCACCACACUUCAGGCUUCCUUCACCUCUUCGUCAACGUCUCCUUCAGUGCUGCCAACCCCGCGUGACUCCCUCCACCAGGACUGCCAACCGAAGCUAAUUAGGAAUAAGGACAAGGAAGAGGAAGACAGAGGGGAGAGGAUAAAGAGGAGUAGGAGGAGGAGGACUAAAACAUUCUAUAAGUGAUGUGCAGAAGCAGGAGAUGAACGAUGGAGGAUGAGGAGGAGGUGGACCAGGAUCUACACCCUCCAUCUCUCCACCCUUCACUAAGACUAUCACGAGUGUGAUCGUCCUACAUCUGGCAACAUGGCGUCGCCUGAGACAGUCAAAGUUAUCGUACGAUGCCGACCAAUGAACAAACGGGAGAAUGACUUAAAAUGCAAGUGCGUUGUGGCCAUGGAAGGUCUGAGCUGCAGUCUCCUAAACCCUGAUGACUUAGAUUCUGGCCCUAAGACUUUCACCUUCGACGGGGCUUACUUCUUGGAGUCAACCACCGAGGGAAUAUACAACGACGUGGCUUUUCCCUUGGUGGAGAGCGUCCUUGAGGGCUACAACGGUACGGUCUUCGCCUACGGACAGACAGGCUGCGGCAAGUCCUUCACUAUGCAGGGAGUUCAGGACCCACCAACACAGCGCGGUAUUAUCCCCAGGGCAUUCGAGCAUAUCUUCGAGGUGAUCCAGACAACGGAAAACAUGAAAUUUCUGGUGCUCGCGUCCUACCUCGAGAUCUACAACGAGGAAAUUCGAGACCUGCUGGGCGUGGACACCAAGAAGAGGCUGGAUCUUAAGGAACAUCCCGACAGAGGCGUCUAUGUACAGGGUCUCUCCCAGCACCCGGUCCACAAUACAUCGGAGUGCGAGGAGCUGAUGGACCGAGGCUGGAAGAAUCGGUCCACGGGCGCUACUCUUAUGAACGCUGACUCCUCUCGCUCACACUCCAUCUUCACCAUCACUCUGGAGAUGAUGGAGACUACGGGGGAGGACGAUGCUAUACGAAGUGGAAAAUUGAACCUGGUAGACUUGGCGGGUUCUGAACGACAAGCCAAGACCGGAGCCACGGGGAGCAGGCUGAAGGAGGCCACCAAGAUCAAUCUGUCCCUGAGUGCCCUGGGUAACGUCAUCUCAGCGCUGGUGGACGGCAAGAGCAAGCAUAUUCCCUACAGAGACUCAAAGCUCACCAGGUUGCUGCAGGACUCUCUGGGCGGCAACACGAAGACUCUAAUGGUGGCUUGCCUGAGCCCCGCCGACAACAACUAUGACGAGACGCUGAGCACCCUGAGAUACGCUAAUCGUGCCAAAAACAUCAAGAACAAGCCCAAGAUCAACGAGGACCCCAAGGACGCUAUGCUGAGGGAGUACCAGGAGGAGAUCAAGAAACUCAAGGAGCUACUCGACAAGCAGGGCCCGCAGGAGACCAUCGUGUCAGUGGCGCCGGACGAGAGUGUUCUGCAGCAGGAGCGGGAGAAGGUGCGCAACGAGUAUGAGGAGAGGAUGCUGAAGAUGAAGGAGGACAUGCAGGCGGAGCAACAGAACAAUGCUUUGCUUCAGGCCAACAUGGAAAACCUCAAGAAGCAGUACGAAAGUAAAAUAAUGGAGAUACAGACCAAGGAAAGAGAGCAACCACCACCACAACAACACCAGCAGCAGUACCAACAACAUCAACAACAACAACAGCUGGAGGACGAGUUUAUCUACGAGGACGACUUCGAGGAGGAGAGCCAACCUGCAGGCGGCGCUGAUGUGGCUCAAGGACCAGCUGGGGGAGCAUACAAGACCAUACCCAAAUCAGCUGUUUCUCAACCUGCCCCACCGCAGGAUAUGAUGAAUUCUAUGCAAAAGGAAGCACUAAAGAGAUUGAAGGAGCUGCAACAGAAGAUGGUAGGAGGAGAGAAGACGCAAGACACGGAGCUGAAGGCGAAGAGGAACAGGCGCAAGAAAAACAUGGAAAAGCGAAUGAAGAUCUUGAGUGAGGCGCUGAAGAACGUGGAUGACGAGGACGGUGUGAUGCUCAAAGUGUAUGAUGACAUUCACGAGGAGCUCAGAGUGAAGACCGAGCUGGCUAAGAGGCAGAAAGCUAAGCUCAAGGCAAUGGACCGCGAGAUCUCAGACUUAACCUCCGAGUUCCAGGAGGAGAGAACUGAUUACCUGGAAACAAUUAGGCGGCAAGAGCAACAAGUGAAGCUGCUCACGGCCAUCCUGGAAAAAAUUCAGCCCACGGUAAGGAGAGACUGCAAUUACAGCAACAUCGACGCCAUCAAGAAGGAGGCCCUGUGGGAGGACGAGUAUCAGAGGUGGCGACUCCCUGAUCUGCUCAUAGUCAAGACCAAACUCCCUCCUGCAGGGGUGCAGUGUCUCGGCCGCCCUCGCCAGGCCCUUAGCGCGAAAAUGGGCGGCUGGUCUGCUACCCUCCACGGAGCUGACACGCCCACGCCCCAGGAGGACACCGAGGAGGGGGAGGUGGAGGUAGAGGAGGAGGAGGAGGAGGAACUACGCACGCUGGGGGACGAGAAGAUGGAUCCAUUUUUGCAGCACGCCAUUCCGGCACCGCUCACUCCAUGCAGCGCCGACCCUCGCACGCAGCACCGCACGCCCUCUUUAGCCAGCCCUGAAAACUGCUUGAAGUGUUGCAGGAAGCAGAAACUACAGAGAAGCGAGGAGGAAGAUAUCGCUGGCAACUACUUUAAGCCCAAGAAGAGAGCCAAUGAACUGCUGGUGCGAUUUCAAGACGAUUCCGCCGUGGGCAGCAGCAACACCACUACCACUAAGCGAGGCGGGGCAGCGGGCAACCACCUGACAGCCAGCCUGGGUCCUGGUGGCUGGUCUAACCCUGGAACUUUAAACGCUUCCAUGAACCACACCAAUGGGUCUUACAACACCUCGUGGGGCUCCAACUCCUCCUCCACCUCCAGUGUUGGUGGUGGUGGUGGUGGUGGUGGUGGUGGCGGCGGUGGUGGUGGAGGUGGUGGUGGUGCUAGUGUAAUGAAUAAUGGGUGGCUAGGCAACGGGUUUUCUUCGAUCUCGCCAGAAAUGUCGAUGAGAAAGCCGACGAGACUUGAGGCGCUCCCGACUAUCGACCGCAGGACCAGGAAGAAGAGCAAGGAUGUUCUACACACACUCGACCUCAUAUAGCAGGACCGAGGAAAGAAACACCAUCAUCUGUGAUAACCAACUCACACACACACACACACACACACACACACACACACACACACACACACACACAAAUGAGAAACGAGAU